UCUCUCUCUCUCUCUCUCCCUCUCUCUCCCUCUCUCUCUCUCUGGUUUCACCAAAAAGGGUGAAAAUCUGACGUAAAUUUGAAAGAAAAACCAGACAGGAACGCUCUUCAGAGUUCUUUGGGUUGUUCAAGAGCAUCUUGUUCCUUGUCCAAAAGGGCUCGCCAAGCUUGUUUCUUCUUCUUCUUUUCUCCCCCUUAAUUUGCGCGCUGUACAUAAGCUUUCUCUUUCUGCGCGCGUGUUGCACCGUUUUCCCGGUUUCUGAAUCUCCAAGUGCAGAGGAGAGUGAAGGCCCGAGCCUCCUCGAGUUAUUGUAGAGCACAGUGUCGUCUUCCAGGAUGAUUGCGUCCAGGAAGGGAAUAGUACUUCCCACAUAACCCAAGAAAAAUGUGACAAAGUCAUCCAUUAAUCGGAGAUGGAGACGAAAGAGACAGACAGAGUUGUGAUCGCAAAGCCAGUUGCUUCACGACCCACUGGCUCGAAUUUUCAAUCCUUCUCGGAGCUCCUUGCUGGUGCCAUUAAUUCCUCGCCACCUGAUGCAUGCACUGAAUCUGCAGUUGCCACCAUUAGACCCAAAACAGUGAGGUUUAAGCCGGUGCUAAAUCGAGUUCCAACUGCAGUGAAUUCAUCCCAGGCAGAAGUGUCUGGAACAGCAACCGGCAAUUCCACUGAUAUGGAUUUAAACUCGGAUGAAAAACCUACCAUAAUAUACAAACCGUUGGCAAAGCUUGUCUCAAGGUCAACCAUCUCGCUCUUGGCUAAUAUGGGAAGCUUCAAUACGGCUCACCAACAAACAUCGUCAGUUGCCGAAGCACGAGUUAAAUCUCAACUGCAGGACAAACACAAUUCGAGAUCACAGCCCAGGGGAAAUCUUCAUCGGAGUGUCUCUACACAAGCAGAUAUGGAUGGGACGAGCGAACCCUUGAGAUUGGCCUCUCAGAACAUGGAAGAAGAUGCAAGAACUUUACCAGCUCUGAAUGUGGAUCGCCCUUCGUACGAUGGAUAUAAUUGGAGGAAAUAUGGGCAAAAGCAAGUCAAGGGAAGUGAGUAUCCUAGAAGUUACUACAAAUGCACGCACCCAAACUGCCCGGUGAAGAAAAAGGUCGAGAGGUCUCCCGAUGGCCAGAUAGCAGAAAUCGUCUAUAAAGGUGAGCACAACCAUCCGAAGCCUCAGCCUCCGAAACGCGGUUCUUCAGGAACACAAGCGCUAGGCAAUGUACUGGAAGGGUCUGGCUUAGACAGCAUGAACCUUAACAAUAGUGGUCACCCGAAUGAAAGGGAUGAAUGCUCCGAAGGUAGAGUAGAGAACAAGAAUCUUGCACUCCUGACUUCCCACGGGAAAGGUCCCCCAGCCUAUGAUCCUAUCGCAAAUGUCUCUCCUAUUGCUGGUGGUGGGACACCCGACAAUUCUUGCGGUAUUAGCGGGGAAUACGAUGAUGGAAGCAAGGAGUUGGAAAUGGAGGAUGAUGAGCCCAAGAAUAAGAGAAGGAAAAGUGAGAAUCAAUUGAAUGAACCGGGCACUUCGGGCGAAGCAAUACAAGAACCCCGCGCUGUGCAAAAUUCAACAGAUUCGGAGAUUGUAGGCGAUGGAUUUAGGUGGAGGAAGUACGGCCAAAAGGUUGUGAAAGGAAACCCGUAUCCCAGAAGCUACUACAGAUGCACCAGUCUCAAGUGCAACGUGCGGAAACACGUCGAAAGAGCGUCAGAUGAUCCGAGAGCCUUUAUAACAACAUAUGAGGGGAAACAUAACCAUGAGAUGCCGCUCAGGAGUACCAACACGGCAGGCUCAGAGUCCGAUCUGCAAGCGACCUCCAGUAAAGAUAAGCCUUAACUGCUACCUGAAGUGAUAUCUGACAGCAUUAUGAAGGGCAGAGGACUAGAAGAAAGAACAAGUCAAACAAGAGCUUGAAAAGAGGAAGGGUCGACUCAAGGCAUUGAAAGGAAGAGUGGUCACUCCAGUAACCUGCUGGAAGAACUUUUUUUAACUGAUGUUAGCUUUGACUUGAUAAGAAUUCUUCCCUUGAUUUCUUUCCUUUCAGAUAUUAAGUUCAUUUGUCCUCGUCAACAUUUCAGUGUAUAGCCCACCUGUAGCAAGUUCUCUUCCAAACUUACUAAAAGUUUUGUCAAAAUAUGUUGUCAGCCAUGAAUUGUUCGUUCAGUAUCUUGGAUUAAUCAUAGGUGCUAAUCAUAUUCAGGUUGAGAAGCGA